UCAAUCAAUAAUUAACUGUCUAUACAUGAUUUUACAGAUGAUUUUUCAUCAUUAAUGUAUUUUGCAUGUCCUAUGGAACUCUGAUUGUAGUUGAAUUAGAAGAAGUUUAGAAGUCUAAGAAAGGAUGGAAAAAUUAUUAUUGGCUCUUUUAAUUCUAGUAUCUAUAGCAUUGCCAUCUUCAUCAUUACACGAAGACCAAAUUGGGAAAUUUGAUUGGAUACAAAGAGGUAUUGGAAGUGUGCACUUGGCUCAGUUUGACGAGAGUGGAAGUGCUGACGGAGGACCUGCCAGACGACUUGUUGUGGCCACCCAACACAACGUGCUUGCUGUCCUCAACACCAAGAAUGGCGAGAUCAUGUGGCGUCAUGUGCUGCCCAUUGGAGCCACUGGUACCAUAGAGUCUCUGAAUGUACAGGAGGGCAAAGCCGUCAUUGUGAGUGACAACCCUCCACUGCUGAGAUCCUUUGAUGUGCUCUCAGGGACUCUUAUUAAAGAAGUUCCUCUCAAGCUACACUACAAACCUGAUAGCUUGUAUGGCAAACGACUGGUGCAGCAUGACUCAUCGUCAGUGACCGUAGCCCACCUAACCAGCAACACUGCAGAGAUAACUCGAUUCUCUAAUUUGAAAACUGGUGCACAAGAAUGGCAACACUCAAUAUCACAGCCUUGGAUCUCAUCUGAAUCUCAAUGUGGGCUGACAGAAGUGAGCUUGACGUGCGUGGACGCUUCUCUCGGUCUCGUGUUGUCGCUGCCUUUCUCUCGUCUCGGAAAAACAACAGGCAAAGAACCUCAGUUCAUUUCUACAAGUCUCGAGAGCAUUGGACUGUCAGUGGCCGUGACAUCAGACGAUGAUGCAGACUGCAAGUUCCGUUCCAUCCCCAUCACCUUGCAAAAUGUUCAUGGAUCUCCACGUCAUCUUCUCAUUACAAGUGGGGAGAGCAGCAGCGUGUUGCAGGUGGGGAGUGAUGGCUCAGUUACACCCGUGAAGGAGGCAGGCGCUUCUUCUGGGGCUGUCAGUGUUGUGGACGUCACUCAGGCUGACGACGCUGUCAUAUACCGGGCGCUGCAUCACAAGCAGGCCAUCCGGAUCAGCGGGUUCUCGCUGGCGCUGGGCACGGAGUUGGUGUCGCGGAGCCUGCAGUUCUCGGUGGGGGCGGAGGCUGCAGUGCGGAUGCUGGUAGUGCAGCAGUACCAGCGACGCGGUGAUGGCGAGGUGGCCGUGAGGGCGCUGGUCGUCAUGCACGAUGACAGCGUCCAUCUUGUUGCCUCACCUGGAGUUCUGUGGUUGCGAGAAGAAGCUCUGGCGUCUGUGCUGGCUGUAGAGGCGGUCGACCUGCCCAUCCCUGCCUCGUCCGUCUCCAUGCAUGACCACAUGGCACAGCGCGCUGGAGUGUUACACAGCCUUGUGCAUCGCGUGAUGCUGCAGGGCAGCGAGCUGCUGUCCUGGCUGGCCGAGCUGCUCGAAGACUCGCUCUCGCCCUCGCACUCGUCACCAGACUCGCCUCCCGCGCUCUACAGGGACGAAUUCAACAUCCACAAACUCCUCAUCAUAGCCACGGCGUCGGGCAAAAUAUUCGGCAUGGACAACCUAAGCGGCGCGCUGGUGUGGAGCGAGUACCUGCCGUCCAUCCAGCCGCUGCCGUCUGACAAGCUGCUGCUCUUCCUGCAGCGCUCCGUAGCUCACUUCCCUCACCCUCCUCAGAUGGUGCUAGUUGCCAUGCACAAGGACUCCUGCAGAGGCGUGGUGCACACAUUCAACCCCCUCACAGGGGAGCCCACUGGCAAAGGCCUCGAGUUUUUGCCCUAUCGCAUCUCCCAGGCCUCCAUGCUCGCGCAAAAUGACCAACAGUUCAUCAAGCCGCUGCUGGUGGUUGACACAUCAUUAGGGGUACACGCGUUCCCCAGCGGCACUGAGCUGAGCGUCGUCCUGCCCCACAAAGAUGUGCUCUACAUCGCCACUCGCAACAGCACGCACAUCACCGGACAUUCCCUGAGGAGCUCCACCAAAGAGUCGCUUAAACUGACGCCGCUGUGGAGCCAGCACUUCCCGCCAGGCACCAUCGAGGGCGUGUACACUAAGCGUCCUGGCGACAAGGUGCACUCGGCAGGCCGUGUCAUGGCCGACCGCUCUGUGCUCUACAAGUACACCAACCCCAACCUGGCCGUGGUUGUGGCCAGAGGUCUCGACCACAUCAACGAAAACUUGCUGGGCGUCUACUUGGUGGACUUGGUGUCGGGUGCUGUGGUGGACUGGAUCAGCCACUCUCGGGUGUCCGGACCUGUGCACGUCAUCCACUCCGAGAACUGGGUUGUCUACACCUACUAUCACGACAGGAAUCGCCGCCAUGAGCUCCACUCACUGGAAUUGUUCGAGGGUCCAAGCCAAGCGAACGCGACGGCUUUCUCAUCGCUUGCCGGAGCCCAGCGGCCGCCGCUUGUCGAGCGCCAGGCUUACAUUCUGCCGUUCGGGGUGCAGGCCUCAGCCCACACCAUCACUGAGAAGAGCAUCACCACCAAGUGCUUGCUGCUGGCCCUCGAUACUGGCGGAAUAGCGCAGGUGGCGCGCUGGCUCGUCGACCCCCGACGUCCGAUGUCAGGCGGAGGGCCGAGGGAAGAAGGCCUCGUGCAGUACAUGCCCGAGGUGCAUCUCCCCUCCACCGACAUCAUCUCCUACAACCAAACCCUGCCACGCGUCUCGGGGAUUUACUCCGCUCCCACAGGACUCGAGUCCACAAGCAUCGUCUUUGUUUACGGGCUUGACCUGUUCUUCAGCCGCGUGUUCCCGAGCAAAAUGUUCGACAUGCUGAAGGAUGACUUCGACUACGUGCUUAUCGCGGGAGCCUUGCUGGGCCUCGUGGCUGCCGCGCUCAUCACCAGGAAACUGGCGCAGAGGAAAGCCCUGUACCAUCAGUGGAAGUAGGAGUCAUCAGUGCAGUUAGCAAGCCAUCAGGUCAAGCUCUAUACCAUCUGUGGAAAUAGUGCGUCUAGUCGCCAUCAGGUCUCUAUACCAUCUGUGGAAAUAGUGCGAUUAGCAAGCCAUCGGGUCAAGCCCUACACCAUCUGUGGAAAUAGUGCGAUAAGUCGCCAUCAGGUCAAGCUGAUGCCAUCAGGUCAAGCUGAUGCCAUCAGUGCAAAAAAAUUCUUCCGUACGAUUAGAUAGCCUCAAUGGAUGCAAGGAUCGCAGUGUGAACUGAUCAUCUGGUGUAAUUGCAAUCUGCCGACACUAGUGGAAGUAGAUAUCCUCGAGAGAAGUAGAUAUGUCUAACUUGAUUGAAAAAGAUGUGUCUACCUUCAGUGGACGCUUUUUUCUAUGAAAUAGGUAGUUAUUAAAUGGAUGGUUAUGAUAUAUGUGAAUAAUAGGACCAAUUUAGUUUGCAGGUGUUUUGUUAGACAGGCAUUAAUUAUCAGAGAUCUUAUUAAUUAUGUUUACCAGUUUGAACUUGACACAAGUCAAAUAGGGUUCACAAAUGGGGUGCAUGUGUUGUGCCAUAUCAACGCAAACCCUAUUUUUGUUCAAAAUCGAGGUAAAUUUUCGAUUUUCUCUAGUAUUUUCAUGUUUUUUUUAUUAUUUACCAUAACUACGGUAAUGCUCAGUUAUUUGGAUCUUCAACUGCAGAUACAGUAAGAUGCUUUGCACGAACCUCGUAAUGUAAAUAUUUGAACGGCGAGGAGUAUGUUGCUUGAAUGAAACCUAAUUGAUGUUCAUGAGCGUAGCAGUAAUUACUUGUUCUUCACUAUUCGCCGCAAGUUUAUACACUACUUAUGCUGCACACAAUUGUUGAUCGAAUUAAAUCUCGUUAUGAGGAUAGUGAGUCGACCAGUUUUUCGAUGAAUCUACCAUCGUUCGUGUCAGUCCGCAGUAAUUUUAUACAUAUUUAUGAUACUCAUGCGUGUACAUGAUUCAAUCGAGCAGGACUCCCGAGUCUUUAUCAGUUAUACUUCUGCUCAGCUGUGCGUGUCUUUCCGUAUACUACGCGUUCGUCUGUUCGUAAAAGCGCUGUUAGUCGCUGGUAAAACAUGCGCAAUGAAAGUGGUUAAUCAGGAAUUUUAACCACUGAUUAACAUACUUAGUCAUGUCAAAACACAGGGUUUGUUUUUUCUUCGUGUGUGUUGUUUAUUUCCACUUACUGAUCAUUUUGCGAUGCAUCAACCAUGCAUCGCAACCAUGCAGAAAUUGAUGUUUGUAAUGUUGUAAUGGUAUUGGGUAUUCAGUCAUUUUCCUUACGUCUUCACCGUUUGUUUGGUCAAUUUUUCUCUUAUACUUUUUUCCUAUUAACCGUUCGAGAAUUGAAUCAAAUUACUUACUAUGAUGUUAACAGUCAAGUCUAUCAGUGCCACACUGCGAAUAGGCGUAUAACUCUACCUUUUUGACGAGCGUCUAAUGUUAUUAAUGAAUGCAGGAGGUCAAAAAUAAUUCAUGACGAUGACCACUUUGUUUCACUUAUUUAUGAAUGCUAUCUCUAUGGCACCGAAGUUUACAAGUGAGGAAAAAAGCCUUGAGCACACCACUGGUACGGUUUAGUUAUGAAGUGAAAUAAUGUGGACGUGUUCGUGUGAAUCUGAUUUAGGUUGUUGACGGAAGCUCCCUUGGCUUCUUGCUCUGUUUGGGGAGAUCUGCUCAAGUUACAAUUUUUUGCUAGGAACUGCUAAAUGAUAGACGAGCAAAAUGUAUUCUUUUAUUCCAAAUGUACAUUACAGCGUAAAUUCUGUUUCAUGUUCAUUCUUCUUAUCUUAACUUAUUGUCAUUCCUCGUGUAAAUUUCGAUGAAUUAAAUUAUUUGUCAUGAA